AUGAAUGGAUAUGGAUCGCCGUAUCUCUACAUGGGAGCCUCUGUCUCCCAGCCAAGAGUGCCUCUCCAAAGGACUCCAAAGUGCGCUCGAUGCAGGAACCACGGGGUGCUCUCUUGGCUGAAGGGACACAAGCGCUACUGUCGCUUUAAAGACUGCACCUGCGAGAAAUGCAUCCUAAUCAUUGAGCGACAACGGGUGAUGGCAGCUCAGGUUGCCCUUAGGAGACAACAAGCGAACGAAAGUUUAGAGAGUCUUUUUCCUGAAUCGCUGAGAACCAUGUCCGGACUUUCCAUACCUGGAACUGGAGCCGGCUCCGAGCCAUCAGGGAACGCACACCUUGAAGCAGGUGACAAAUCAGGAAUAGAAAAUGAGGGCAACGCCAGUGACAGAGAACAAGACCGGCCAAGCUCACCAGAGGCCUGUAAACCAGACUUGUGCGGCACUACCAAGACUCCUUCUGCACCAGAGAGUCACGACAGUCUUCAGAAGAGCAGUGGUGAUGCUGAAGCCCAAGCCCACGGCCCCAAAUACAAUGAUGAACACCGCCUGCUGACUGAUGGCUUCUCUGGACCUGUGACCCUCCCUGUCAAUCCAAAGACUGACUGCCCUCCUCUGGAGGUCCUGCAGAAGAUCUUCCCCAAUCACAAACCGGCUGUUCUGGAGCUCAUCCUGAAAGGUUGUGGAGAAGACCUGGUGGGAGCUGUUGAGGUUCUCCUCUCCAGCAGAUGCGACCCCAACACAGAGAGACUGGCGGCCGGGGGCUCCAAUGCUCUUGUUUUAUCCUCCAAUAGGCACCUCCUCGAACACAGCCUGGGGUCUUAUCCCCUGGCCUCUUCCAGAUGGUCAGUGGGUUCAGCAUUCAGGGUGCCUGAUUCCUUUAGGUUCUCCUCAGAUUCAUCAAGUACGGUACCUAGCCCUUUGCCCAUGCCCCUCCAGAACCCCUUCCCUCAGCCCCCCUGGUACCCGCUGAUGCUGCAAAACUCCCCGGUCAGGAGCCCAGCCAGCUCCUCCAUGCACGCUGACGUGACUCUGUGGAAUACCAUGACUCAGCUCAGGUCCCAGUAUGCCUCCCCGUUCUCCAGCACUUCCAGCUGUGUCAGGAGUUCCCCUGGCCUCUCAGCCAAGCCCUCUGAAGACCACAGGAUUACAGUGCUGGAGGAGGGUUUCCCUGCGAUUCCCAAACAGUCCACAUAUGCAGAAGACAAUUCUGAUUCCUCAGACUCUAGAAUUUUUAAUUCCACAACCUAAUGUGCAUCAGAAAAAUGUUAUCAAAUAAACCCCAUUUUCAUUCCACACAAAAUUAAAUAUAAUGGACCAAGACAGGCAGUUGUAUGAACUGAACUUCAAACAAUCUACAUUAUCUACAACAUCUCAUUUUUAUGUAGUGUUCCGUUUUUGCAGAAGGUAGGCUCAGCCAAGUCCUUCUUGAUACUGGAAUCACACCUGACAGCACAAAAAUCAUGAAAUAAAAAUAUCAAACAUUGUCUGUCUGUGGAUGUCAAUAUGUACAACCAGGAUGCAUGAACUUACUGGUCAUAUAUUCUCAAAAAAAUCACCAGCAGCAUGUACAGUCCACCAAAU